AUGUGUUCUUCUACAAUAUUAUCCUUUCUAAAACAAUGGAGACUCUGGAUCAGGCCGGUUUUACUGGCACUUUACGUUAUUCUAGUAAUAGUAUUAGUUCCAAUACUAAUAGCUCAUUCAAUACAAAAUGGAUUUAGCAAGUCAGACCAAAUUUCAUUGGUGGGCGGUGGAUUUGUUCUCUUAGCUUUACCAAUUUCCAUAUGGCAAAUAACACAACAUGUUGUUCACUACACAAAGCCCAUAUUGCAGAAACAUAUAAUCAGAAUUUUAUGGAUGGUUCCUAUUUAUGCCUUGAAUGCAUGGAUAGGUUUACAGUUUCCAGAACAGUCUAUAUAUGUAGAUUCGUUACGAGAAUGUUAUGAAGCUUAUGUUAUUUACAAUUUUAUGAAGUAUCUAUUAAAUUAUCUUAAUGAAGAUCAGGAUUUAGAAGCGCUGUUGGAAACAAAACCUCAAGUGUAUCAUAUAUUUCCCUUAUGUUGUUUAACACCCUGGGAAAUGGGGAGGGAAUUUGUACAUAAUUGCAAACAUGGAAUUCUACAAUAUACUGUGGUGAGGCCUAUCACAACUGUGAUAUCCAUGAUAUGUGAGCUGUCUGGGGUCUAUGGAGAGAGUGACUUCAGUCCAAAAGUGGCCUUUCCAUAUAUGGUGGCCAUGAAUAAUUUUUCACAAUUUGUUGCCAUGUAUUGUCUUGUGCUUUUUUACAGAGCAAACAAAACAGAAUUAAAACCAAUGAAGCCUAUAGGCAAAUUCUUAUGCAUAAAAGCUGUGGUAUUCUUUUCAUUCUUCCAAGGAGUAAUAAUUAAUAUAUUGGUAUACUGCGGAGUAAUAUCAACAAUAUUUGAUAUAUCUGAUACAGGCAAGAUAAAAAUUAUGUCAUCUAAGUUGCAGGACUUUUUAAUAUGUAUAGAAAUGUUCUUAGCAGCGAUUGCACACCACUACAGUUUCUCAUACAAACCGUAUGUCUCUCCGGACGACCCGUCGCCGUCAUGUUUUGGCUCGUUCCUUGCCAUGUGGGAUGUAUCAGAUGUCAAACGAGAUAUAUCUGAGCAUCUUGGUGUAGUCGGAAGCUCCUUUAGUCGGAGACUUCGAGGAAAAUCUAUGUAUCACAUGGCAAGAGGAUACGACGAAAGUUCGAGGCUGGUGAAUGAACCUGUCCCGUCCAGUUCGGCUCCAAAUCUGAGUGUCGACAUAGAGCCUCCGCCUGUGGAAGUAAGACCGUCCGUCUACGGAUCUCUGGACAACACUGUAGCCGGAAUGUCUACGACUACUUCUGAAACCGAACCUCUACUUAGUAUUAAUGAAGAUAACGCCAACCCUCAAGUAUAA